GCGCACCCUUCACAUGGACAAGGGUUCCUGCUGACCCAGAAGAACACAGGAGAAGGGAGAAGUUGAAGAACAUUGCACCGAUCAAUUCUCUCUCUCUCUCUCUCUCAUGUCUGAACUUUCCCGCCAAAUCAUCAAAUUCUCAAGAACGCCAUUAGAGACUCUGCCAUGAUCACUUCUCGAAGCUCCCUCCUCAUCGUCCUUAUCUCCAUAGCUCUCCUCCGCCUGACACCCUCCCCUCACCAACCCCAACCCCACUUACCCUUCAACCAAACCGAAACCGAAACCCUAACCCUAACCCUAACCCUAACAAAAUCAAGAUCCCAAGACCACGCAGUCACUCAACAGCAAACGCUACCGGCUCGCAGCAACUACAUUGUGAGAUUCGUUGACUACAAGAGGGCCGAAGAUCACCGAACCUAUCUCGAAGAGAAUGUUCGAUCGGGCGGCUGGGAAUGGAUGGAGCGGCGGAACCCGGCGGCCAAGUACCCGACGGACUUCGGUCUCGUGUCGAUCGAUGACUCGGUUGGGACGUCGUUGAUCGAGGAGUUCAGGAAAUUGAGGGUCGUUAAGGAUGUUUAUGCUGAUACGAGAUAUUCGAGGAGUGUGCUCGCGGAGAAAACUGGUGCGUUUGUGGAUGGGAAAAAGCGGCCAGGGAAAAUGUUCACGUCGAUGUCGUUUAACGAGGAGGAGCAUCAUGCAGCACCGACUAGUAAUUCUACGGUUAGCUGGAGACGUCAACUCAUGAUGCAGAGAUCCCAAAUUACAUCCUUGUUUGGUGCUGACGCCCUUUGGAUCAAAGGUUAUACUGGUGCAAAAGUUAAAAUGGCCAUAUUCGACACUGGUAUUCGAGCUAAUCACCCACAUUUUCGUAAUAUUAAGGAGCGAACAAAUUGGACUAAUGAAGACACACUGAAUGACAAUCUUGGACAUGGUACAUUUGUUGCUGGAGUUAUUGCUGGUCAAGACGCAGAGUGUCUGGGUUUUGCACCAGACACUGAGAUUUAUGCUUUUCGUGUCUUCACAGAUGCACAGGUAUCAUACACGUCAUGGUUCCUUGAUGCGUUCAACUAUGCUAUCGCAACCAAUAUGGAUGUUCUAAAUUUGAGCAUAGGUGGACCAGAUUACCUAGAUCUCCCAUUUGUAGAGAAGGUUUGGGAACUGACAGCAAAUAAUAUUAUCAUGGUUUCGGCAAUUGGAAAUGAUGGACCAUUAUAUGGAACUUUAAAUAAUCCGGCAGAUCAAAGUGAUGUUAUUGGAGUUGGUGGUAUUGACUAUAGUGAUCACAUUGCAUCAUUCUCCUCCCGUGGCAUGAGUACUUGGGAGAUUCCUCAUGGUUAUGGUCGUGUGAAGCCUGAUGUUGUGGCAUAUGGACGGGAAAUCAUGGGGUCUAAAAUCAGUACAGGUUGCAAAAGUUUAUCAGGCACUAGUGUUGCAAGUCCUGUGGUUGCUGGUGUCGUAUGCCUGCUUGUAAGUGUUAUCUCUGAGCACAAACGAAAGGAUGUGUUAAAUCCAGCGAGUAUGAAGCAAGCUCUGGUUGAGGGGGCUGCAAGGCUUUCUGGUCCCAAUAUGUAUGAGCAAGGUGCAGGAAGGGUUGAUCUAUUAGAAUCAUAUGAAAUUUUGAAGAGCUACAAACCUCGGGCUAGCAUCUUCCCCAGUGUUCUUGAUUAUACAGAUUGCCCUUAUUCCUGGCCUUUCUGUCGUCAACCACUAUAUGCUGGUGCCAUGCCUGUUAUCUUUAAUGCUACCAUUUUGAAUGGGAUGGGUGUAAUUGGUUACCUUGAUGGUCCGCCAACAUGGCAUCCUUUAAAUGAGGAAGGUAAUCUCCUCAGUAUUCAUUUUACUUACUCUGAGGUUGUCUGGCCUUGGACUGGUUAUGUAGCCUUGCACAUGCAAAUUAAGGAAGAAGGUUCCCAGUUUUCUGGAAAGAUUGAAGGAAACGUAACUGUUAAGGUAUACAGCCCACCGGCUCGAGGAGAGAAGGCCAUUCGAAUUUGUACCUGUGUGCUUCAUUUAAAAUUAAAAGUGGUUCCAACUCCUCCACGAUCACAACGGAUUCUGUGGGAUCAAUUUCAUAGUAUCAAGUACCCACCUGGAUAUAUUCCUAGGGAUUCUUUGGAUGUUCGCAAUGACAUUCUUGAUUGGCAUGGUGAUCACCUGCAUACAAAUUUCCAUAUCAUGUUCAACAUGUUACGAGAUGCUGGAUACUAUAUUGAAACACUAGGUUCACCUCUUACAUGCUUUGAUGCUCAUCAGUAUGGGACCCUUAUGCUGGUGGAUCUCGAAGAUGAGUUCUUCCAAGAAGAGAUUGAGAAGCUUAGAGGUGAUGUCAUUAAUACUGGAUUGGGUCUGGCUGUGUUUGCUGAGUGGUACAAUGUGGACACUAUGGUGAAGAUGAGAUUUUUUGAUGAUAACACACGGAGCUGGUGGACCCCAGUGACUGGGGGUGCUAAUAUUCCGGCUUUAAAUGAUCUUUUGGCACCAUUUGGAAUUGCUUUUGGGGAUAAGAUUCUGAAUGGUGAUUUUUCUAUUGAUGGUGAGCAGAGUCGAUAUGCAUCUGGAACGGAUAUUGUAAAGUUUCCACAAGGUGGGUAUGUGCACAGCUUCCCUUUCCUGGAUAGCUCUGAGAGUGGGGCUACUCAGAACAUAAUGUUGACUUCUGGCAUGAUCAAAGCAGAUUCCCCUAUCCUUGGCCUUUUGGAGAAGGGUGGCGGUCGCAUUGUAGUGUAUGGGGACUCCAACUGUUUAGAUAGCAGCCAUAUGGUCACCAACUGUUAUUGGCUGCUGAGGAAGAUAUUAGAUUUUACAAGCAGGGAUAUCAAAGAUCCUGUGCUUCUCUCAGAUUCUUUUAGACUGAAUGAACCCCUGUAUGAGGAUGACAACCAACUACCAUCUCGCAGAACUGAUGUAAAUUUUUCCACGUAUUCUGCUGUUGUUGGAAAGGAAUUGAUCUGCAGGAGUGAUUCCAGGUUUGAGGUAUGGGGGACCAAGGGUUACACCUUACAGGUUAGGGGGAGAAACAGAAGGUUGCCUGGUUAUCCUGUCAUUGAUUUGGGGAGAGGAUUAAACUCCACUGUUGAAUCUUCUCGUUUGAAGCGUCCCAAGUUGACCAAGAAGAAGAAUGAUCCUUUGGGAAACAAAUACCUAGGGUUGCUUUACGGAGAUGAGGUAGAUAUGCCUGUGCUAGUUGGUAGUCAUUGGCUUGUACCAGCUGUUAUUGCUCUUUCUGGUAUUGUGCUAUUUCUAAGCCUUUGGAAAAUUCGACAGAAACGGCGACGGCGGAGGAAAGGAUCUGUAUCUGGUCGUAUGGCCAGUCUAUAGUUGAGAAUAAAUUUUCAGAUAGCUAGGAUAGACUUUCUGGUCACAUUCUUAACUGUAAUAUUGUUACACAACCCGUGAUGUUUUUUCCCUGUUAAGUUGAUUGCAGAGUCAAAUGAGUUUGGGGGGCAUCAGCAUAGGAAUUAGUUCGUGUCCAUACUAUAGAUUUUAGCAUGGUCUUGGUUUUGAUAUUUCACGGUGGUACAAAUUUUUCAAAGUAAUGAAAUCUUGGAUAUAAGAUCCCUUUCUUUUGAAUUUGAGGGGAGAAAACAAUGGUAUGUACCAGUAAUCAACUUUGAAAUGAAGGGUUUGUACUUGCUUGGAA